GUGUGUGUGUGUAUGCGUGUGGUGUGUUUUGUGUGUGUGUGUGUAUGUGUGUGUGUGUGUUGCCCCGUUGGACUUGAAGGGGGCUUUACGUGACGACUGGAAGAGGGGGCAACACUUCUGAACGGGAGGCGCAGCGGUGCAGGACAGUUCAGAAGAGCAGAGAGGAGAGGAGCUGUGUGCGGGAGAGAGACGGGUGUCCAUCCGUCUACUAGCUGGAGGAACACACACUAACAAACCCCUAUGGCUGCUUGAGAAAUAACGAUACACCCCCCCUCCCCCUUUUCUCUCUCUUUCUCUGGGACUUUUGGCUUUUUUUUUUUUAGUAUUAUCCUGACCAGAAGUUGUUGCAAGUCUAAUUAGUUUCUCCAGGUUGAAAAGUGAAUCCACUUGCCGUGGACGUCUCUGGCGGUCAUGGAUACCCAUAUAAGAUGGAAAGUUAAACGGAGGAUAAGGGACGCCCAAAUCACUUUAGCGGUGAUUUUGCUUUUUGUCACAUCGCAAGCAAGUUCAGCGGAACCAGCAGACCUCUUGAAGAUUUUAGAUUUUCACAGUUUACCUGAGGGUGUUUCAAAAACAACGGGUUUCUGCUCACAUAGGCGGUCAACACAAGGACCCGAUGUGGCUUACAGAGUAUCCAAAGAUGCCCAGCUCAGCGCCCCCACCAAACAGCUGUAUCCAGGUGAUGUGUUCCCAGAGGACUUCUCCAUCUUGGCUACAGUGAAGCCUAAGAAGGGCAGCCAGUCCUUCCUGUUGUCCAUGUACAACGAACAGGGCAUCCAGCAGCUCGGACUGGAAGUGGGCCGCUCUCCCGUGUUCCUGUACGAGGACCACACAGGCAAACCCAGCCCCGAGGACUACCCCCUGUUCAGAGGUGUCAACCUAGCUGACGGAAAAUGGCAUCGAGUGGCCAUCAGUGUGCACAAGCAGACCAUCACCCUCAUUCUGGACUGUAAAAAGAAGACCACCCAGAAGCUGCUCCGAAGCCCCCACCCCAUCAUCGAUACCAAGGGAAUUGUAGUGUUUGGAACUAGAAUACUUGAUGAAGAAGUCUUUGAGGGAGACAUCCAGCAGCUAAUGAUUGUAGCAGACCAUCGUGCUGCCUAUGACUACUGUGAGCACUACAGCCCCGAUUGUGAAGUGCCAGUGCCUGACCAGCCUCAGAACCAGGAGCCCAAGACUGAUGAAUAUAACACAGAGGAGGACAGCUACUAUUAUGAAUACCCUUACUAUGAGGAUGAGGAUGGCAAGCCCUAUCAGUCACCAUCUGAGGCUGAGACAACCACAAAAGAAGUCAAGGUGACAGAUGGAGACAGCGUGGUGACCAAUGUAGAGGAGAUUUUGGGAGGCAGCACCGCUGAUAAAGUGGUUACCUCCAUCUCCACUGGUAGUUCAUCCUCUGGAACGGGACACUCUGCAUCUUCAGGUACUGCCACUGGCGGAGGAGACGCCUACGGAGAGGAGACCAGCCCUUACGACAGCUACGACAGCUACGGUAACUACGAGACCUACUACGACGAGUCCACGGCGGCACCCGAUGGGGACACCUCUCGACGCGUCACCAUCACCAGCACUGGCACCGGGAGUGAGCUGGACCUGGGAGCAGGGGGAAAGAUUGAGUUGGGCGCCGGCACUGGGGGAAGGGUCAUCACCAGUGGAGUAGGAACUUCAGUAACCCUAAAUAAGACAUCAGUAGGAGGUUCUUAUGAUGACUACGGCGAUCUAUAUGAUUAUGGCGUGGAUGGCCAUUACACCACUGGUGGAGGUGGCAGCAGCAGCAGUACAGUCAACCUUGGUGGUGGAGGAGGCGGUAGCACCAGCUCUGUGCUCAUCAGCGGUGGAGGUGGUGGCGACGGCAGCACGGUUCAUGUCAGUGGUGGAGGUGGAGGAGGCAGCAGCAGCAGCAGUAUAGACCACAUUGGAGGUGGAGGAGGCAGCAGCAGUACAGUCAUCAUUGGAGGUGGAGGAGGCAGCAGCAGCAGCAGUAUAGACCACAUUGGAGGUGGAGGAGGCAGCAGCAGCAGCAGUACAGUCCACGUUGGAGGUGGAGGAGGCAGCAGCAGCAGCAGUUCUACCAUCACCGUCGGGGGCGGGGCUACCGGAGGAGGUUCUUCUUCCGCUGGAGGUGGAUCAGCCAACGCCGGCACCGGAGCAGGGGGGUCCAUCACCACCGGAACAGGCCUGGGAGUGGACGGAGAGGAUGACUACGGGGAUUUGUUCAAGGAGGAGCACAUCACCGACUAUGACAACAUCGACAACAUCGAUCUCUAUGGCUACGAUGACACGGACUAUGACGGCAAAGAGGGCAAAGUGCUGCCUGCUGAGACCGACCAGUACUAUGGACAGGUCGACGGUGCUCGCGGCGAGAAAGGACAGAAGGGAGAGCCUGCUGUUAUUGAGCCUGGAAUGUUGGUGGAGGGUCCGCCUGGGCCUGAAGGGCCAACAGGUCUCCCCGGACCCCCAGGUGCUUCUGGCCCACCAGGCGGCCCUGGAGAUUCUGGAGAGAGAGGUCCUCCGGGUCGUCCUGGUCUUCCUGGUGCUGAUGGUCUGCCAGGACCCCCUGGAACUGUCCUGAUGCUGCCUUUCAGGUUCAGCGCUGGAGGUGACUCUGGACAGAAGGGACCUGCUGUAUCAGCACAGGAGGCCCAGAUGCAGGCCAUCAUGCAGCAGGCUAGGCUUGCUAUGCGUGGCCCUACAGGACCGAUGGGUUUGACUGGCAGACCUGGCCCUCUGGGUCCUCCUGGUGUAUCAGGACUGAAGGGAGAGUCUGGAGAGUCUGGUCCUCAGGGACCUCGUGGUCCUUUGGGAUCCCCAGGACCCUCUGGAAAGCCCGGCAGAAGGGGUCGUCCUGGAUCCGACGGUGCCAGGGGCAUGCCAGGACAGUCUGGACCCAAGGGAGACAGAGGCUUUGAUGGUCUGGCUGGACUACCUGGUGAAAAAGGACACAGGGGUGAACCUGGCCCUUCUGGACCUCCCGGUGCUACUGGAGAGGAUGGAGAGAGGGGAGAUGAUGGAGAGAUCGGACCCAGGGGACUUCCUGGUGAACCAGGGCCCCGUGGUUUGCUUGGACCAAAAGGACCUCAGGGACCUCCUGGACCCCCUGGCGUUACUGGAAUGGACGGUCAAUCUGGACCCAAAGGAAACAUCGGACCUCAAGGAGAGCCAGGACCUCCCGGACAGCAAGGCAACCCAGGUGCCCAGGGACUUCCUGGACCCCAAGGAGCCAUCGGACCUCCAGGAGAGAAGGGUCCUACUGGAAAGCCUGGCUUGCCAGGAAUGCCAGGAGCUGAUGGACCUCCGGGUCACCCUGGAAAGGAGGGGCCUAAUGGAGAGAAAGGACACAUGGGCCCUGCUGGCCCUCAAGGACCAAUUGGUUAUCCUGGACCCCGAGGUGUGAAGGGAGCCGACGGCGUACGCGGCCUUAAAGGAAAUAAGGGUGAAAAGGGAGAAGACGGCUUCCCUGGCUUCAAGGGAGAUAUGGGUAUCAAGGGCGACAGGGGAGAGCUUGGAUCAGCUGGACCCAGAGGAGAAGAUGGUCCCGAGGGACCAAAGGGUCGCUCAGGUCUCCCAGGAGAUGCCGGACCUCUUGGCCCCAGUGGUGAGAAGGGUAAACUUGGAGUUCCCGGAUUGCCAGGAUACCCAGGAAGACAAGGACCAAAGGGAUCUCAAGGUUUCCAAGGUUUCCCUGGCGCCAAUGGAGAGAAAGGAACUCGGGGAACAGCAGGAAAGCCUGGCCCACGCGGACAGAGAGGACCAACGGGCCCUCGAGGAGAGAGAGGACCAAGAGGACCAACAGGAAAAGCUGGACCAAAAGGUAACUCAGGAAAUGAUGGCCCACCAGGACCUCCCGGAGAGAGAGGUCUGCCAGGGCCUCAGGGACCAACAGGAUUCCCAGGACCAAAGGGCCCUCCUGGACCUGCAGGAAAAGACGGACUGCCCGGACACCCUGGACAGAGAGGAGAGACUGGAUUCCAAGGCAAGACUGGCCCUCCUGGUCCUCCAGGCGUGGUUGGACCUCAGGGACCAACAGGUGAGACUGGACCAAUGGGAGAUAGAGGCCAUCCUGGACCCCCAGGACCACCUGGUGAGCAGGGUCUACCUGGAGCUGCAGGAAAAGAAGGAGCCAAGGGUGACCCCGGUCCUUCUGGCCCAGCAGGUAAAGAUGGCCCUCCUGGGCCAAGAGGUUUCCCUGGAGAGAGAGGUCUGCCUGGCCCUGUGGGGGCUCACGGCCUGAAAGGGAAUGAAGGUCCUCAUGGUCCACCCGGCCCUGCUGGUUCUCCUGGUGAGCGUGGUCCUGCUGGUCCAGCCGGACCUACAGGUCUUCCUGGACGUCCUGGCCCCCAGGGUCCUCCAGGCCCUGCAGGAGAGAAAGGCGGACCGGGAGAGAAAGGACCUCAAGGCCCAGCUGGAAGAGACGGUAUUCAGGGACCCGUUGGUCUGCCAGGACCUGGAGGACCUCCUGGACCACCUGGAGAGGAUGGAGACAAGGGAGAACUCGGAGAGCCAGGCCAGAAAGGAAGCAAGGGUGACAAAGGAGAACAUGGUCCACCUGGUCCUACCGGCCCACAAGGACCUGUUGGAGCACCCGGUCCUGCUGGUGUAGAUGGUGAACCUGGUCCCAGAGGUCAGCAGGGUCUGUUUGGACAAAAGGGAGAUGAAGGAUCAAGAGGAUUCCCUGGACCUCCAGGCCCAGUUGGGCUGCAGGGCUUGCCUGGUCCACCUGGUGAGAAAGGUGAAACUGGAGACGUCGGUCAAAUGGGUCCACCUGGCCCCCCUGGACCCAGAGGCCCCUCAGGACCCCCAGGAGCCGACGGCCCUCAGGGACCUCCUGGUGGUAUUGGAAACCCCGGUGCUGUAGGAGAAAAGGGAGAUGCUGGUGAAACAGGAGAGCCCGGUCUUCAGGGAGAAGUUGGCCCACCAGGUCCAAGAGGAGAGCGUGGAGAGAAGGGAGAGUCCGGUCCAGCUGGUGCAGCUGGACCUCCUGGCCCUAAAGGUCCCCCUGGAGAUGACGGUCCCAAAGGAAGCCCUGGUCCAAGUGGAUUCCCUGGUGACCCUGGUCCCCCUGGAGAGCCCGGUCCAGCUGGUUUAGACGGUCCAGCUGGUGACAAGGGAGAUGACGGAGAGGCUGGUCAGGCCGGUUCUCCUGGACCCACUGGAGAGUCUGGUCCCUCUGGACCACCAGGAAAGAGAGGUCCUCCUGGAGUUGCUGGACCCGAGGGAAGACAAGGAGAGAAGGGAGCCAAGGGAGAAUCUGGUUUGGAAGGUCCCCAAGGAAAGACAGGCCCUGUUGGUCCUCAAGGAUCACCUGGCAAGCCUGGAUCUGAAGGUCUCAGGGGUAUCCCUGGCCCAGUUGGAGAACAAGGUCUACCAGGUCCUCCAGGCCCUGAUGGACCUCCCGGACCUAUGGGUCCUCCUGGUUUACCCGGUUUGAAAGGAGACUCUGGUGUCAAAGGAGAAAAGGGUCACCCAGGUCUUAUUGGUCUCAUCGGACCCCCGGGUGAACAGGGAGAAAAGGGUGACAGAGGUCUUCCUGGUCCUGCAGGAACACAUGGUGCUAAAGGAGACACUGGUAUUUCUGGUCCUUCAGGUCCUCUUGGUCCCCUUGGUCCUCCUGGAUUACCUGGUCCUCCUGGUCCCAAAGGAGCUAAAGGAUCAUCGGGUCAAACUGGACCAAAGGGAGAGACUGGUACACCUGGACCUCCUGGCCCUCCUGGACCUCCCGGCGAUGUUAUCCACCCACUCCCCAUCCAGACUUCCAUGAAGGGAAGAACUCGUAGGAACAUCGACGCCAGCCAGAUGUUGGACGACGCUGCAGUGGAUGCCAACUACAAGGACUACGACGACGGCAUGGAGGAAAUCUUUGGCUCCCUUAACUCCCUGAAGCUGGAGAUCGAGCAGAUGAAGCACCCUCUGGGCACACAGAGCAACCCCGCUCGUACUUGCAAGGACCUGCAGCUCUGCCACCCUGAUUUCCCCGACGGUGAGUACUGGAUUGAUCCAAACCAAGGCUGCUCUCGGGACUCCUUCAAGGUUUACUGCAACUUCACAGCAGGCGGAGAGAGCUGCAUCUACCCAGAUAAGAAGUCUGAAGGGGCUAGGCUCACAUCCUGGGUAAAGGAGAGUCCCGGUUCCUGGUUCAGUGAAUUCAAACGUGGUAAACUGCUCUCCUACGUGGAUGCUGAGGGCAACCCUAUCGGUGUGGUCCAGAUGACCUUCUUGCGGUUGCUGAGCGCAGCAGCCAGACAGAACAUGACAUACAACUGCUACCAGUCGGUGGCCUGGCACGACCAGGACCAGGACAACUACGACAAGGCCAUCCGCUUCCUGGGCUCCAACGAUGAGGAGAUGUCUUAUGAUAACAACCCCUACAUCCGCGCCCUGGUCGAUGGCUGUGCGUUGAAAAAGGGUUAUGAAAAGACAGUACUUGAGAUCAACACGCCAAAGGUGGAACAGGUGCCAUUUGUGGACAUCAUGUUCAACGACUUUGGUGGCUCCACGCAGAAGUUCGGAUUCGAAGUGGGCCCUGUCUGUUUCAUCGGCUAAGACUGUUUACUGAGCAAAUGGAGAAAAAAAAAAAAAAAGCAUAUAUUUGUUUUCUCAGAAAAAAAAAAACAAUUGAAAAAGAAUAGGACAAUUCUAUUUGUAAAAAAGUAACUUUUUUUUCCAUAAAGCAACAAGUUAUGAGUAAAAAAAAUGAAAUCAAGUUGAGAAUACAGUGAAAUUCUAUAGGAUAUAGAGGAAAACGAAAUAACCUUGAAACCUCAGUGUGCCUUCUCCAUCACAUGCAAGUUUUGAAACUGGAUGUCAGAUCCUGCCUCCUACACGACACACCAGCAAACAUACAAACACACUCACACACACACACACACAAACACACACACACAAAACUCUAGCCCCCACGUCAUCACACUUGAUUUAAUCUCUUUUUGACCCAAACAUCGAAGGCGACCCUGAGAGCUGCAGCCAUUCCAGACGCUCGCAGUAUUUGCCAUGGACUCCAUCUGAUUUGGCUCUUUUCUUUUUAGUUUUGAUGUUUUCUCUCAUCUCCCUGGCUUUUUCCACUUGUCUUUUGUUGGUUUGUUUGCUCAUUCACUACGGGAGCUUUGUUUGUGCAUAAUUGUCUCCCCAUUCUCUUCGAAUGGAUCUUAUAUAUAUAAAUAUAUAUAAAUAAUUUUUAUGUUUGUAAGUACAUUCUGUAUAUUUUUCCUGGUAAUGUUUAUUGCUUCUGGCUUCAAAACAUGCAUGUGACUUUAUUCAUUGUGAGGUAGGAGACGAUGGAUACAGGGAUAACAUCUAAAUUGUAGAAAUAUAUCGGAAAAAAAGUGAGGAAAUUUGACUUGUAAAUUGAAAAACGAGGGGAAAAAAAAAAGAAUUGGAAAAGUCCUGUCUUGUUGCAGUUGUGGAGCACACCUUGUUGUAAUUUAAGAGCAGAAUGGAAAUAAAAGACGAAAACAAGCUCUGUGAUAUUAUGUGACAGUUUGAUUUGCAUAAAAAAAUAAUACAUUCCUCCUUUUUGUGCCCUCUGAACAAAACACCUACCUUGGUAGCAAUAUCAUUAACUUAAUAAACAGCUUUCUGUUUUUUUUUUUCCUCAAAUACUCAUCUAUCUGACUAUGCAACGGGAGAUGAUGUCACAUUUUUUAAUGAAAACACAAAGAAAAUCUAGGUGCUAUUUUCUCUCUUCUGUGGUGCUACAGUAUGUAUUUUUCUAGUUUUUUUUGUUGUUUGAAUGAAAGGAAAUUUGUGGUGAUAAUAUUCCAUCACCAGCAACCCCCCCCCUUGACUCUCUUAGCCACCACAUCUGACACAGGUGGACCUUUGCUGCAUCCAUUGUUUUGUUCUCUUUUCUUUUUUAUGUUCAGCGGUAGUGUCUGCAUGCCAUUUUCUCUACGUAUCCACUCCCAGAUCAGUGCAGCAUGGCGGCGUAUGUUAUCUCCUGCUUCAGCGGACCGCACAGAUAAGAAAACAUGUACCGAAUGUUGGAAUAACGAGAGGAAGCUAAGAUGGCGCUGUUGGCUUUGCAUAUCAUCGCUCUUAAGACGCUGCAUUUUUUUAUUUUCUUUAUUUUUAAUUUUUUUGGCUCUUGCUGUUGGAUCGUCUGUGCCACCUCCAAAUCAAACUGAUGGAGUUGACACUUGGACAUGUGAUUGGGUCAAAGCAUCCAAAGGGGAUAUGGUCCAAAAUGUCGCUUGGUGUAUGAAACACUUUCCACCAAAGGUUUUCCCGUAUAUGUUUUUUAGCUUUAAGGGCCAUAGUGGCUUGAUUUAUUUUUUAUUUUUGUUAUAUGGGAAACAACUUGAAAAGUAUUUUGAUUUAACUGCAGUAGAACACCAAAUUAUCCAGAUGAAAGAGUUUGCUCAUGCAGCGUCACAAAUUGCUUGUUGGUCGACUAUUUUUUGCCCUUAUUGUAAUUAUGCUCUUUGUUCAAACUAUGCACUCUCUAUGCUUAUGACCACUAGUAUCUACCACAGAAUCUCUACAGCCCUUCAUACGUAGGUUUAUUUUGUUUCCUUUUGUUUUUUUUUUUUUUUUUUUUUUUAAAUCUUCAAAUAUGUGACUUGAACCAUUUCUGUUAAGAUAACUCGAUAUGCUUGUAGAUCGUCGGCUUUAUUUUUCAUUGUGAUACAGUACACCCAAAUUUGCUCUCAAUAAUAAUAAUAAUAAUAAUAAUAAUAAAAAGGACAAACAAAAUUCUUGUAAAUUUCCAGAACCAGCAGUGAUGCUGCCAUUGUUUUUGUUUUUAUUUUGUUUUAUUUUGUAGAUUUCCAUUUGUCUGUCUGUUUGUUUGUUUUCACAGUCUUGUCAAACCUGUGUAAGGAUAAGAGGAUAGAAGUUAUAUUGGUUUUUAUGUCAAUAAAUUCAAGUUUACUGUG